AGGAGUGGAUGCCGAGUUGCCAUAUCCUUCAUACUGAUAUUAAUUAUAUUAUUACAUGAUUUCUUGUUUGACUAUUGAUCAAUUUAUAGCAAGAGUGAAAUGUGUAACCUUAUGUGUGCUGUAUUUCUUUUCCUCAAGAUUAAUGUCCACAUAUUAUGUGUGUGUAUCCAACCGUAAUGAUAAGACACUCGCCAGUUCAGAAAGCCUUGAAUUUUAGAUAAGUUCUCUGUGUAUGUGUGUUAGUAUCUGUCUGUACAGGGAGAAGCUCAGACAGUCCCAGGACAAACGAUCAACUGCCAGUGUCCAGCAUAUCAGAUAUACGUCUUUGGAGAGUUUAUCUAGGUUUUGGAACCAAUCAGAAUUUUGUUGACUCAUGUAUUGACGCAAUUAGUAUCCUCUGUCAGGGUAUAACUGUGGUUGAUUCUGAGUUGUACGGGGGCGGCCUGCGAACUCCUUCGAGAGUGUUGAAGCUGACUUCUGCUGAUGAAAUUGCAAACUAUUUUCUUCAAGUAAAAUUAUUAUUAUUAAUUGAACUCAUCUCUGAGUCCUGGUCUUCAUUGCGACAUAUCUGGUCCUUGGGUUUUAACUGUAAAUUCCCCUACAAGAUAGUAAUUACUAUUAGCAAUGAAAAAACACAAAGUAGCAAAUACUUUUUUAAUUGUCUCGGUGCCAGUAUUUACAUUAUAUAUAUAUUCCACCUUUUAAUGUAGAAACUCAUCACUGACCGGUGAAAGAUGACACAACACUACGCAUAUCUUGGACUGACACUCCACACACUUUCAACAUUCAAAGCAAGUCAAACUUAUAGCAACCUCUUGAGUUCAUCAGCGCUUCCUGAGAAUCAAUCUUUCAUUUGAUCUGACUGAAUAUCAGCAGAUGAGAGUUUAGAUGACUGACUGUCAUUCUCACAUCUCUUCCUGGUAGAGGUGAAAUAAAUUGCAGAGCUGAGUUUCAACACGACACUUCACAGGAAGACAAGGCAGAUGUACAAACACUGAGGUUUCUCAACUCAACUUUAGGGUCUCAACUUGACUUCUGAAGUCGCUGGAGGAAUUGGUCAAAGAAGAUCUGAAGAAGUUUCAGUGGCACUAUGUCAACAUCUGAAAUGGAGGAUGUAGAAGAACUCCUUCUGAAGUCACUGGAGCAACUGGACAAAGAUGGUCUGAAGAAGUUUCAGUGGCACUUAAAGAAACUUAAGUGUAUAUCAUCGUCUGAAAUGGAGGAUGCGGAUCGGUUAAAAACAGUGGAUAAACUGGUGGCAUUUUAUAGACUAGAAGAAGCUGUGAAGAUCACGGUCAGCAUCCUGAGGAAGAUAGGCCAGAACAAUCUGGCUGUUCAGCUGGAGGACGAACACAAGCAAGCUCAAGCUGAAGGCAAUAUGAAGACUGCUGGAGAUCAUUCAAAAGAAAUACAGGCUGAUAAAUGUCCAGUCCAGAUAAGCAGCAGUGCUCAGCCUGGAGCCAGUGUUGUUGAAGUGAAAGCUGAAACAGGUGCAAGUGUAAAUGCUCCUGUACUCGCUGGAAGCUUCACUGGACCAGUAAACAUCUACAGCUCACCUGAUGCAGGAAACGAUAAACACAAAUGCUCAGAGACAGCAGAGAAUAACAGAGAAAAACAAGGUUCUGCUGAGGACAGUACAGCUACAAAGAUCUUGAAGGACAAGCUAAAACAGCACUGUGAGCGGAUAUUGGUUGGUAAUUCACAGACGGGUGAAAAUAAAUACCUGGACGAUAUUUACACUGAUUUAUAUGUGGUGGAGAAUCAGACUGGAGGAAGAUCAAAUGAACACGAGGUGAGACGUAUCGAAUCAAAUCACAACAGACUGACUGCCAAGGACACGCCGAUCCAGUGUAAUGACAUGUUCAAAGACCAUAUGGGUCGACAAAACAGAAAAGUGCUCACAGUGGGGAUUGCAGGAGUGGGAAAAACUGUCUCUGUCAAUAAAUUCAUCCUUGACUGGGCUAAAGGUAAAGAAAAUCAAGAUAUAGUCUUCAUUUUUCCACUCCCAUUCCUUGUGCUGAAUUUGAUUAAAAAAAAGAAGUACAGUCUCAUGGGAUUGCUUAACACAUACUGCUUUAGUGGCCUUAAAGAGCUGACAUCUCUUCCUGAAGAUGGCAAUAAUGUCAUGUUCAUCUUUGAUGGGCUGGAUGAAUGUCGUUUCCCUUUGAGCUUUGAAGAGGAUGACGGCUUUACAGAUGUUAAUAAGAAAACAACAGUGAGUAAGAUAGUUACAGCCCUAAUCAAGAGACAUCUGCUUCCCUCUGUUCUCAUCUGGAUCACAUCCAGACCAGCAGCAGCCAGUCUGAUACCCCGAGAAUACAUUGAUCAGAUGACAGAGAUACGAGGAUUCAAUGAUGAGCAGAAAGAGGAGUACUUUAUCAGAAACAGCAGUCCUGAGGUUGCUGAAAACAUUAUCCGUCACAUCAGAAAAUUCAGAAGUCUGUACAUCAUGUGUCAUAUCCCGGUCUUCUGCUGGAUCUCUCUCACUGUUCUUCAGCCUCUGCUGGUUCAAGAGAGCAAUGACAAAACACCUACAACCCUCACAGGGAUGUACAUAAACUUUUUACUUUCUCAGAAGCAGCAGAUGAAAAUAAAAUAUUGCAAGGAUCCUAAAACUAAGGCUGAAGUCAUGUCUUUUGAUGACAUUAUUCUGAAGCUUGGGAAACUGGCCUUUAAACAACUACAGAAAGGUAAUCUGAUUUUCUACAAAGACGAUAUUGAGGAGUGUGGACUAGAUGCCAUUGAAGGUUCUGUGUACUCUGGGUUAUGCACCCGGAUGUUUCAGGAGGAAAAAUCUAUGUCAGUGAGAAACAUUUACAGCUUCAUUCAGCUCAGCAUCCAGGAAUUACUUGCUGCUCUCUAUGUGUUUUUCAUUAACAAAAAAAAGAAGGAAAACCCAUUUCUCGAAUCCUGGAAAAAACUGUCAUGUAUCCUGUCAACAAAGUCACUGUUUGAUCUUCACAAAGCUGCAGUCAAUGAGGCUUUACAAAGUGAGAAUGGGCACCUGGACCUCUUCCUCCGAUUCCUCCUGGGUCUUUCAGUGGAGUCCAAUCAGAGAGACCUGAAGGAACUACUGCCAGGACUGGAGCUCAAAACAGAGGACACCAAAGACACUGUUGACUAUAUAAAAAAGAAAAUUGAGAUGGAGGAAUCAACAGAGAGGACCAUCAAUCUCUUCUACUGUCUGAAUGAACUGAAAGAUGACUUUGUGGAGGAAAUCCAGAAGAAUCUGGGCUCUGGAAAACUUUCAGAGCAGAAUCUCUCCUCUGCUCAGUGGUCGGGUUUGGUGUUUGUGCUCCUCAUGUCAGAAGAAACUCAAGAGAAGUUUGAACUGAAGAAGUACAGAAGAUCUGAUGAAGCACUGAUGAGACUGCUGCCAGUCAUCAAAAACACCAGAAGAGCACUGCUACAAUGCUGCAAUCUCCCUGCUCAGUCUUGUGAGAGUGUGUCUUCAGCUUUACAGUCAUCAAACUCCAUUCUAAGAGAGCUGGACCUCAGUAACAAUAAUCUGAAGGAUUCUGGAGUGAAGCUUCUUUCUGAUGGACUGAAGAGCAAAAACUGCCAGCUGGAGAUUCUGAGACUACAGAGCUGUGAUCUCACUGCUCAGUCUUGUGAGAGUUUGUCAUCAGCUCUACAAUUACCAAACUACAUGCUGAGAGAGCUGGACCUGAGUAACAAUGAUCUGCAGGAUUCUGGAGUGAAGCUUCUUUCUGAUGGACUGAAGAGCCCAAGCUGUCAGCUGGGGAUUCUGAGGUUAUCUGGCUGUAUGGUGACAGAGGAUGGAUGUAGUUAUGUGUCUUCAGCUCUGACUGCACAACCCUCAUGCUUGAGAGAGCUGGAUCUAAGCUAUAAUCACCCUGGAGAUUCAGGAGUCAAGCUACUCUCUGAAAAACUGGAGGAUCCAAACUGCUCACUGGAUAAAUUCAAUGUGGAUCAUGGAGGAGAAUCCAGGAUUACAGCAGGACUACAGAAAUAUUCCUGUUUUCUCACACUGGAUCCAAACACGGCAAACACUGAACUCAUUCUGUCUGAGGAGAACAAAAAGGUGACAUGUGUGAUGAAGAAACAGCCGUAUCCUGAUCAUCCAGACAGAUUUGAUGAUGUGCGUCAGGUGUUGUGUAGAGAGAGUGUGUGUGGACGCUGUUACUGGGAGAUUGAGUGGAGUGGAUCUGUGUUAAUAUCAGUCUCAUAUGAGAACAUCAGAAGGAAGGGAUCGGGUGUUGAGUGUAGGUUUGGACGUAAUGACCAGUCCUGGAGUUUGAUCUGCACUCCUGACAGUUACUCAUUCAGACACAAUAACAAACAGACUGAUCUCCCUGUGAAGUCCAUCAUCAGGAGAAUAGGAAUGUAUGUUGAUGAUGCUGUCAGGAGAAUAAGAGCGUAUCAUGAUGAUGAUGAUAAUAAUGAUGAUGAUAGUGAUGAUGAUGAUGUCAGGAGAAUAGGAGUGUUUGUGGAUCACAGAGCAGGAAUUCUGUCCUUCUACAGAGUCUACAGAAACACGGUGAGCCUCAUGCACACAGUCCAAACCACAUUCACUCAGCCGCUCUAUCCUGGGUUUAGAGUAAAUUUUCUGUCUUCAGUGAAACUGUGUUGAUGAAUCAGAAGAGUCUGAUGAGAGAUUCUAUCCAUAAUGUUUGAGGUGCAUGAUAAAUCAGUAACAGUGAGAUGUUUUGUGCCACGUUUCCACCGUAAUUACCUGGAACAUUUGUACCCGGAACUUUUUCCCCGGGAACUAUUUUCCCCCCAGACCUGUUGCCAUUUGUGUUUCCACCAGGGCUUGAAAACGGAAAAAAAAUCAGUUCACUCCGAGCAGAAACGAUAUGUUAAAGUUUCUAUUCUGCGUUCCUCUGAUAUUAUUACCGUUCCAAAACCGGUUCGGGUGGAAUAAAUACCGGUUAAUUAUGUUAUUUUUUAAAAACAAUAUUAUUUGCCUAUAAUUUUCCUAAUAAUAAUAUUAAUAUUAUAAUAAUAAUAAAGUAUAGCAUUUUCUUUACUCAAAAAGAAAAGGAAAAAAUAAAGAUCUAACGCUUAGUCACAGCCAAUACAGCAUCAUCUUCUCUAGAUUUUGUAAACUUUUUUUUUUUUUUUUGUAAAAAAAAGGUCACGGCUCACGUUGCAUUUUAUUAGCCCUAAUACCUCCGAAAUAAUGAAGGCUAAAAUAUCUGUAGUCUAAAGCGAAAUGUUUAAAAACAUUAUAAAAACAGUUAUUAGUUUCCCUCUAAAACAAAUCCUCUAAAGUUUAGGCUAUAAAAACAUCAAUCCAAAAACAAACUAAUUUAAGCUGAAGCUGAUGCCUACCUCUCUCAUUCUGCACGAAUCCAAAUAUUUAAUAGUAAAUGUGUAAUAAGUAACACUGUAUAUGCAUCCGAAAGUUGGUCUCCUACUUUCAUUCUAAGAAUUAUUUUGAGGUUAAUUUAGCAAAUGAAAACGGCAGCUUCCGGGAAAUUAUAAAUAAAUAUAAGAAACUAUAUCAAUAUUAAUGACAAACAAAAACGAAUGAAUUUAGACUACAACAAAACUGAUACCAAUGUUGGGUCUCUCAUUUGACACAAAAUCAAAUGUUUCCGUAUUCGCGAUGUAUUUGAAUGCCAAAUGAUUAUAAAAAUAGCCUAGCUAUGUUUACAGUGUUUAUUAUAGCCUAGCCUAAUUUUUGUAAUCAUUUUGUGUCUGCAUUAUGCCUAUUUCUGAAUGAAAUAAUCAUUUUCCUCAUCAGUCACCUCUCCUUGGCUACUGCAAUUUUCCUCACAGUAUAUUUACAAUAAAACAAAAUAGGAUAUCAAACACUACUGCCUUCUUUAAUUUUUCAUUUAAACAUAAUGAAAGCUGACCGUUUGUGAAAUCGGCUAGACACAUAAAUAAACCUCCAGCUUUAAAUAGGCACUGUCUUCAUAAAUAAACCACAGAUUUGAGUUUUAAACAACUACAUUCUCGCCUGAAAUACAUUUCAUGACACGGUAACUGUAAUGUUUAGAAAAAUAUAACUUCAAGCAGUAAUUACGAGGCCAAGCACUCCACCGGCAAAUUGAGGAGCUAAGCUAGCUUGGCAUGGAGCAUCACACCAAAUGCAACGAUGAGCGAUUACAGCAAUUUUCGGAUGAUUGUAACCGAAAUGGCGAAAAAAUCAUAAAUACAACCUCUCGUAGCAUGAUUUAUUGGCCAUUGUUUAAGUGUGACCAAUAGGUGGCGCUGUUAUCAAAUUGAUAUGGUGUGUUCUGUGUGAUUGACAUUGACACACACUAAGCUUAGUGUCAAUAUUCCAAAGCAUUGCAGAGCUAUAGCUACAAGUGCCAUUUUAGCAUCAUGCCUCAAAUUCGUUGCUGUACUAUAGACACAAAAUCCAUAAAAUUUUGUCAGCACAGUCUCUAGAUUAUCUCACUCAAUUUUGGUAAAAAACGGAUGAUUGAUGAGGAGUACAAAAAAGUAGGUUUUCAACAUAAAUCAAAAUGGCGGACAGGACGUCCAGCUGUCAUAUUUGGUAUCUAUGUUGUCGGCAUAAAGCAUGGAAUAUUUUUAGACCAGUUUCAUUACAAUAGGCUAAUGCAAUAAAAGGUUAUUAGAAUCAUUUUUAUCAAUGUAAUUAUUACUGGUUAAUGAAUGGUUCAUUACUCUUGACCAAUAGGUGGUGCUGUUACCAAAUUGAUGAAGUAUGGUCAGAAUGAAGUGACAGUGAUACAUACAAUGUUUGGUGCAAAUAUGUGAAAGCAUUGCAGAGAUAUAUCCUCUAAUGCAUUUUGGCACCGUGCCUAAAAUUUGUAACUGUGCUGUAUGAAAACAGUUAUAUCAAUCAACACAAAAUGCUUAACUUUUUGUCAGCCCUGUCUGAAAAUGAUCUGACUCGAUUUUGUUGAAAAUCGGACCAACAGUUGAGGAGGAGUUAGAAAAGGUAGGAUUUUAACAUAAAUCAAAAUUGCGGACAGGGAGUUCAGAUUUCCUACUAAAAAAUUGGUAUGUCUAUUGUCGGCACAACCCAAGGAAUAUUUUGAGAUCAGUUAUUUCAUUACAAUUACAAAUUCAUUCAUUACAAAGAGUUCAUUACAAUAGCCUAAUGCAAUUAAAAGUUAUUAGUAAUUUUGGAAAUUUCAUAAUUUAAGGUUAAUGAAUGGUUUAUUACUCUUGGCCAAUAGGUGGCACUGUUACCAAAUUGAUAUGGCAUGGUCAGUGUGAGAUGAAAAUGACAGUUUGCUGCAAAUAUGUCAAAGCUUUGGUGAGAUACAGCCUCAAAUGCAUUUUGGCUCCCUUCCAGCAAAUUUGUUGAUGCGCUAAAUGAGAACCAUUUCGUAUAUCAACACGAAAUUCAUAACUUUUGGCCAGUGGGGUCUGAAGAUGAUCCAUGUCAAAUUUGGUGAAAAUCAGACUAAUGGUCUAGGAGGAGUUUGAAAAAUGUGAUUUUCAACUUUAUUCAAAAUGGCGGACAGCAAGUAUGGCCAAUGUUCUCGGCAUGACAAAAAGAAUAUAGACCAUUUUCAUUUCAAUUCAUUUCACUUUUGAAAAAAGGUUAUUAGCAUUUUUUUGAUAUUUCAUUAUAACUCUUGAUUACACGGUGGUGCUGCCACCAAACUUUUUGAGUACCUUCAGGGCAUGGAACCAAAUAUUUUUGUAAUUAUUUUCAUAACGAUAUGAUAAAGCGUUAAAAAAAUACAGCAUUUUAAAACAUAAUUCAAAAUGGCUGACACGGGAAAUCCGGACAUCAUUCCACUCGACAUGACUCACUUAAUCUAAAGAGACCAGUUGUGUGAUUUUUGGAUAACCAUUCAGAAGUUAUAAGCAAAAAUAUGAAUUUUUCAUAUCUCCUGACCACUAGGUGGGGCUUCAUCGAAACACUGCAUGUAGUCUUAGGUCAUGUUUAUUAUAACACACACCAAGAUUGGUCUCAAUAUGCCAAACCGUUGCCGAGAUAUAGCCUCACAUGCACUUUUGCGUGCUUUUCAUCAAAUUUUUUCACAUGUCAUUAGAAAACGGUUGGACAAAUCGUUAAAAUCGGACUAACCGUCUAGGACAAGUUCAUUGUUCGUUCGUUGAAAAAGUAGGUUAUUCGAAACAUUAAAAAUAGCGAAAAACGAAAGAAAUUUGGGGAUUAAUUCGACUUGGGAUGAGCCAAGGAUUCAGGAAAUUUUCAUUGUUUACGGUUCAAAAGUUAUUAGGAUAGAAAUAUUGAAACUUUGGACAAGCGGUGGUGCUAGAGAGUUGGAGUUAGAGACUUCAAAUUUGCUAUAGUUAAUGUUUGGACUGUCCUCUAUCAGUGUGCCAAAUUAUACUACUUUCCCGCAAGUGGUUCUAUGGGCUGCCAUAGACUUGCGGCGGAAGAAAAAAAUCAUGUUAAUGGAUACAAUAGGUGUCUUGCACCUUCGGUGCAUGCCCCUAAUGAUCUGAAUAAAUGGUGGUUGAAAUGACAAUGCUGCGUGAACUCAACCAAUCAGGAUGUUUAGUGCCCAAGUCCCGCCCCCGAAAGUUCCGGAACAUUGAAAAAAUAAGUUAGAAAGUAAGAAAAGUAAGUAAGUUCCUGGUUCCUGCGGUGGAAACACACAGAGAACAAGGCCAGGUCUCUAGUUCCUGGGUAAAGUUCCUGCGGUAGAAACUCGACUUUCAAGUCUCUUCAUGACAUUAAUACUGCAGCAGAACUUCUGUCACUGAAAUAACAGUCAGAAUAAAUGUGUCAUAAAUCCUCAUGUAGACAGUGUGAUCAGUGUGUGUGUAUAUGUGAGUGAAAGAGAGAGUGUGUGUGUGUGUGUGUGUGUGAGAGAUAGUGGGAGUGUGUGUGUGUUUAUCUACAUUUAUGUUUUUAUUGUAGUGUCACAUCAAUAAUUUGUAUUAUUUCUAUCAAAAUGUUCUUUCAGUUGAAAAGUUCUUCAUGAAUCAUGUUUGUGAAAAGUACAUGUCAUUUAUUGUUCUCUAUUGUAUUUGUGCAUACAUAAUAAAACAUGAUGAGAAACUUGAGAUCAGAUCUGAAUUUAUGUUUGUAUCUUGAAUAUAAUCGAUUCCUCACAAGACUGACCUGAGCUUCAGAAAAGUUUCUGAUAUAAAUAAAUAAAACAUUAAUCAUAGCAUUUAAAAAAAUAUAUUCUAACUAAACUUUGUGAUAAAACAUGUAUACAUCCAAAACGGCCUUUCUACCAUC